AUGAAUACACUUGCCAAACUUCAGAUCAGUGAAGACUUGAAAAUCGUUAUAACUCCCAUCAUUACAGUUUUAAGAAUUAUAUUAGAGCCUGCACUAUUUUAUCUGUUUUCUUCACAAAUGCAGCAACAGUCUCUAAUAGAGUAUCAAUUUAUUUUCCAAUGUUUAUUGUAUGCAACUGAAUUUCUCAAUCUUUUUGAUAGAUACAGUCUCAAAUUCGCGAACUUCAAUAUAACUGGAAAAUUUCCAUUCCUUUUAAGUAUAUACAUCCUGUUUUGAACUAUUUUUUAUAAAAUUCUAAUUGAAAAUGUGUUGGUGUUUGAUGCCACUUUGCCAAUAUACAUACUGGUUUGAGCAUAUACAAUCUUUUUACUUUCACUAGCAGGUUACUUUUUAAAAGAACUCUUCAAAACAGAAAAGUUUUCAUUUCAUGUUUAUGCUUUAUUUGUACUCAUCCUCAUUAUGAAAGAAGUUUAUCAUAAUUCAUGACAUAUACUUAGCACUAUUAUAUAUUUAUUAUUUUUGCUUGGUGCAUACUCUACUGUCAUCACAGGUGCUAUCGGUACAGGAGCUCAAUUUGUAAAAAUAUUUUAUGCACAAUUUUCAAGUAAUCAUGAUUUUAUAAAAACUUCAAAAUUGUUUAUUAAUGAUUGGUUGGCAUCUGACACAAAAGGUCUUGCAGAAUGCUAUACAAAAACAUUUGAAAUUAUGUUUAAAUAUAAUGCAAUUAUCCAAAUAAAUCUUGAAAAAGCAGUUUUUUUUAAAAAUACUUAUCUUAUAGAAUUUUAUUUAGAUUUUAUUGCUUUUUGAUUUGCCUUUCUAUUGCCUCUAAGAGAUGGAUUUUUGCAUAGUAGACGCUAUGAAUAUGUUUUAUUAAAUGCUUUUUCAAUGGUGUUUAUGGCAGAGAUGAUUUAUCAUUGCUUAGCAUUAAUUAUAGGGUUUUAA